CCCCCGCCGAGCCCCCGCCGCGCCCGGAGCCCCGCACCAUGCCCGAACCGCCCGCGGCACCGCACGACGGAGAGCGGCCCCGGAGGGCCCCGCCUGGGGACGAACGGACGGAGCCGGCGGCCCCGGGGGGGGUCCUGGACAAGCUUUUUGGGAAGCGGCUGCUCCAAGCUGGGCGCUACAUCAUGUCCCACAAAGCCUGGAUGAAGACGGUGCCCACCGAGAACUGCGAUGUGCUCAUGACCUUCCCAGACACCACGGACGACCACACGCUGCUCUGGCUGCUGAACCACAUCCGCCUCGGCAUCCCCGAGCUCAUCGUGCAGGUGCGGCACCACAAGCACACCCGCGCCUACGCCUUCUUCGUCACAGCCACCUACGAGAGUUUGCUGCGUGGGGCCGAUGAGAUCGGGCUGCGGAAACCGGUGAAGGCUGAGUUUGGGGGCGGCAUGCGGAGCUUCUCCUGCGAGGAGGACUACAUCUAUGAGAACAUUGAGAAUGAGCUUUACUUCUUCACCUCUCAGGAACGGCAAAACAUCAUCAGGUAUUGGCUGGAGAACCUGCGGGCCAAGCAGGGCGAGGCACUGCACAACAUCCACUUCCUGGAGGGACAGCCCAUCAUCCCAGAGCUGGCGGCCCGCGGCGUCAUCCAGCAGGUCUUCCCACUGCACGAGCAGAGGAUCCUCAAGCGGCUGAUGAAGUCGUGGGUGCAGGCGAUCUGCGAGGCGCAGCCACUCGAUGAGAUCUGUGACUACUUCGGGGUGAAGAUCGCCAUGUACUUUGCCUGGCUCGGUUUCUACACCUCGGCCAUGGUGUACCCUGCUGUGUUCGGCUCCAUCCUCUACACGUUCACCGAGAGCGACCAGACCAGCCAGGACAUCUGCUGCGUGGUGUUUGCCAUCUUCAACGUUGUCUGGGCCACGCUCUUCCUGGAGGAGUGGAAGCGCCGCGGGGCAGAGUUUGCCUACAAGUGGGGGACGCUGGACACCCCCGCAGAGUCCAUCGAGGAGCCCAGGCCCCAAUUCAGGGGGGUGAAGAGGAUCAGUCCUGUGACCAGCGCCGAGGAGUUCUACUACCCACCUUGGAAACGGCUGCUGUUCCAGUGCCUGGUCAGCCUGCCCGUCUGCCUCGCCUGCCUCUCCUUCGUCUUCCUCAUCAUGCUGGGUUGCUUCCAGCUUCAGGAGCUCGUGCUGAGCGUCAAGGAGCUGCCCCGCAUCCUCCGCUUCCUGCCCAAAAUCGUGCUGGCCGUCAUUGUCACGACCUGCGACGAGGUUUACAAGAAGAUCGCCUACUGGCUGAAUGAUAUGGAAAACUACCGCCUGCAGAGUGCCUACGAGAAACACCUCAUCAUCAAAAUCGUCCUGUUUCAGUUUGUAAAUUCAUACCUAAGUCUUUUCUACAUUGGUUUCUACCUCAAAGACAUGGAACGGCUGAAGGAGAUGCUGGCCACGCUGCUCAUCACGCGGCAGUUCCUGCAGAACGUCAAGGAGGUGUCACAGCCCCACCUGUACCGCCGCCUGCGCCGGGGGGAGCUCAGCCUGCGCAACCUCCGUGAGCUGUCCCACACCAUCCUUCGCCUGCUCGCCCACCCCCGCGCACCUCCGGCUGCCGGAGCAGCCCACGAGGGGUCGCGGGGGGAGAAGAAGUGUCUGAAUGGGGGUUGUGGGGUGCCCGAGGAGGAGGAGGAGGAGGAAGAGCGUCGGGAGUCAGAUUCGGAGGAUGAGAGCGCGCUGGACUGUGGGCUGAAGCUGAAGAAGGUGAGCUUCAUCGAGAAGGCGGAGCGGCGUGGCACCGAGCCCUGCGGCACCGAGGAGGAGAGCUUCCUAGAGGAGGGCAGCCCCACCAUGGUGGAGAAGGGCAUGGAUCCCGCCUCCGUCUUCGAGCUGGGUGAUGAUGAGGAGGAUGCUGAAGGCCCCUCGGGCAGCCCGGCCAAAGCAGCGGUGCCGGCCACGGGCCCACGGGUCACAAGGAGGAGGAGGGAGGAAGACGAGGGUGAGGAGGAAGGGCGCAGGCAGAACCGGGCGUCAUGGAUCGAUCCGCCUGAGGAGGACUACUCAACACAGCUGACGCAGGCAGAGGUGGAGAGCUGCAUGAAGAAGUAUGAGGACACCUUCCAGGACUACCAGGAGAUGUUCAUCCAGUUUGGCUACGUGGUGCUCUUCUCCUCUGCCUUCCCGUUGGCCGCCAUGUGUGCGCUGGUCAACAACAUCAUCGAGAUUCGCAGUGAUGCCUUCAAACUGUGCACGGGGCUGCAGCGACCCUUCGGGCAGCGGGUGGAGAGCAUCGGGCAGUGGCAGAAGGUGAUGGAGGCCAUGGGUGUGUUGGCCAUCGUGGUCAACUGCUACCUGAUCGCUCAGUGCGGGCAGCUGCAGCGACUCUUCCCUUGGCUCAGCCCCGAGGGAGCCAUCAUCUCGGUGGUGGUGCUGGAGCACUUCGCCCUGCUGCUGAAGUACGUCAUCCAAGUGGCCAUCCCUGACAUCCCCGCAUGGGUGGCCGAGGAGAUGGCCAAGCUGGAGUACCAGCGCCGCGAAGCCUUCAAGAAGCACGAGCGCCAGGCCCAGCACCACUUCCAGCAGCAGCAGCGGCGCAAGCGGGAGGAGGAGGAGCGGCAGCGGCACGCCGAGUACCAGGCGCGCAAGGAGCGCGAGGCCAACCGCGACGAGGCCAAGGCUGAGGCUGCCGGGCAGGACCCGGCCCACGAGAAGAGCCAGAGCAAAGGGAAGGGCUCCGGGGGCUCCUCCGCGCACGGCUCCGACAAGCCCAAGCGGCCCAGCUCGCUGCUGGCCACCAAUAACGUCAUGAAGCUGAAGCAGAUCAUCCCUCUGCAGGGCAAAUUCCUCUCCGGGGGGACCGGGGCGGGCAGCACGGCCGCCAGGUCCCCCCAAUCCCCCACCAGCAGCGAUAACAAACUCCCUGGCUUUCUCAGCUUCAAGUUCCUGAAAUCCCCCGAAACCAAGAGGGACGCGGCCACCGAAAAGGUGCAGUCGCCCACCAAGCCAUUCAACCCCGGCAAGCUCUUCAACUUCGGCAAGUCCGAAGGGACUGGCGGCAACGGGGCCACCGCCUCCCCCCAGCCCCGUGCUGGCCCCUCUGCAGAUGGGGGCGAGCGACCGGCCCCCAGCAAGUCCCACCUCAAUGGGGCUCCAGAGGAUGGAGCCCGCGAGGAGCUGGAGCCACGAGCAGAGGAGGAGAGCGGGGGCUACAGACUCUGAGCCGGGCACGCCAGCCCCAUCCCGGCCCCUCCAUCGCAGCCCCUCUGCUGGGACCCCAUCACAACCCCACGGAGGUCUGGCGGUGCCCUCGGAUGGAGCAUCCCCUCUUGCACCACCAACGGGCAAUGCUCCGUGCCCGCCGUCUCCAGGAGGUCAUCCAAGGAGGAUUCAGUAUCCCCAGACCCGCAGAGCUCCAAGGGGCGCAGCUCGGGGCCACAGCUCCGCUCCAGAGGGAUGGAUGGCACUGAGGAGCCCCAUUCACCCGUGCCUACAGCCAUGGCUGUGUCCCGCUGCACCACGGGGCAGCGUGCUGCCCAGAAAGCGGCCGGGAGGGAGGGGAUGAGCAGCGAGCGCCGGCUGCUGCGUCCCCAAGGCACGGGGAGCAUUUCUUGCACUAAAACCCAAACAAAACCCAAUGCGAGCGACUCUGCCAUUUUUCAUGCAAUGGCUGCAGGCGGCGGAGAUGAGAGCUCGGAGCACCCUGGACCUGCAACGCUCCCUCGCCCUCUCUGCUUUCCUAUUUCGUGGAAUUAUUUUGCAAUAAGGCACUCGCGCACGGACGCACGCUGGAGCCUGGGAGGGUGAU